AUGGGCCGCGCGGCGGCCUCGGCCAAGUUUCGCAUCGGUAACACCUGGCAGCUAGAUUCAAGGCACAAGGCACUGCGCGGCAUUCUCGUGCGGCCGGGGCUGCCUGCUGCCUGCUGCCGCGCCGCGCAACUGCACAGCAAGGGCACCAGCAGGGACGCCGAAGCCGACACCAAGUGUGUGUUGCAGCGACUGACAGCGACAGGUGCGCUGACAGGCCCCGACUGCUUCGCCGAGAACAUGUCCGGCCAAAAAGCCGGGGAUGACACACUGUCCGCAGACGAUUCGGCCACGGCGUGGCGGACUGGGAGGCAGGGUCGCCCUCCCCGCGAUUCCACCUUUUUCGGGAUCGUCCACGCAAUCGCAGCGGAGCGCUCGAUGGACCAGGGGGGGCAGGAUGAGCAUGAGCUCUCAGCGGAGCCAAGCGCGAUCGUGCAGGUGUGCGGACUGCAGGCGGAGCACGUGGACGGGAAGGUCCGUGAAGCGUCGGAGGUAUGGAUCGCCAAGCGGCCCUGGCGGGCGCAUGUACAGCGCGCCACUGCCGUCGUGACCAAGGCGGUGGAGCUCAGCGGGUCAAUGCACUGCUUCCGCGACGGGGGCCACGACCCGGACGACGACGAGGCGGAUGGCCCGCCUCACGGCGGCCCGCUGGCGGCCGACCUUCCGCGCCUGCCCGACGCAGCGUGGCCUGGCGGCCGCGCCUUCCCGCCUGGCGGGCGGUCCCGGAUGGCCGCCCGUGUCCGGCGGUUGCAGCGCGGGGGCGCGGGGGUGGCGAAGGGGAAAGGGAUCGGUACAGCGAUGCGGAUGCCGCGUGUAGCUCCAGCGGUGCUGCUGACAGAUGCCGCGUGCCCGGCGGCGGGCGGCUCUGCCGCCGCCGUGCCCGGCGGCGCCGCAGGCGUCGUCACGGUCAUGUUUUUCAUGAUCAUGGUCGCGUUCAUAUUGGCCGCGUGCCUGAUGACAGUCGAUCCCGAGUCAAGUCCGCGUCUGCCUUGGCAGGCUCUAUCGUACAGCAACAUGGCAGAGCCUACCACGGCCGGCAGCUUCACGGGCUGGGGCCCCAAGGCCGCAGACGCUGCCACGGCGGCGUCCGGCCGCGGCCCCCGCUCGCGGCGCUCCCUGGCCGCGCCUCCCCCCGCCUCGCCGCCGGGAGCCACGCCGCCCGCCUCCGGCAAGAGCGGCCUGUCUGGGCGCCGCGGCGGCCCGGCUCGCGGCCCGACGCGCAGGAGCACCGUGGGCAUCCCGACGAUCUACCCGCCGUUUGUGAUGUCCGAGGCGCACACGCGCUUGGCCGUCCCAGUGCAGGCGCUGGCCGCGCAGGAGUUCGAGCUGGACGUGCUGGGUCUAAACCAGACCCCGCUGCUCACCGCGUCUCUGGGCGCGGCGCAGGGAGGCAAGCGCAGCAUCGAGAUAGCCCUGCACAGCGUCGACAGAGUCGUCGCGAUCGUGACCUCCGAGCUUCGGAUCCUCACCGGCGAGGGCACCAUCGUGGGCACCAUCGUCAGGGACGGGAGCACCGCGAAGCACGUGCUCCAGGAGAGCGAGCCCCGCGAGGACGGCUCGGCUGGGCGCCAUGAUUCGAAGGUAAAACUGCCCAGCGGCCGGCCAGCGCGCACGGGCCCGCCGAUGUCCCUCGCAGGCGCCCCGCGCGGCCUCCGCGCGCUCGGCGGCGCGGCGGGCCUGGAGGCGGGCUCGCCGCUGCCGGUGAAGGCGCCGCCCUGCGCGGAGGACGACGACACCACGGACGCGGGCUCCGACCGGGAGACCGUCUGCACAUCGGCCCAGGCGUCGGACAGCGAGGGCGGAGGCCCGCGGCCGCGCGGGCGCCUGCUGCUCCCCGCGGGCGGCCCUCGGCGCGCGCCGCGCUUCCGCGGCGCCCUCGCCACGAUCCCCGGCACCCCGGUCAGCCGCCCGCCGCUGAGCCGCCCGCCGGGCAGCUGGACGCUGGAGCAGAAGGUGCCGAGGCCCGGGCUGCCGCCGCCGCUGGGGCUGCCGCCUGCCGGGGGCGCGGCGGCCACGCCCUCGCAGGUGCUGGCGACGCGGGCCCCGGCGCGGGAGGCCCUCGCGCCGCAGAAGGUGGCCGUGCCCGAGGGCGCCGAGCCGCCCGCGAGGCCGCUGGACCCCGCCGUGCCGGCCAAGAAGAAGCCCCUGCUCGGCCUCGCGCCCGGGGCGGGCGGCGCGGACAGGACCAUGCCCAUGAAGAAGAGGGUGACCGGCUUCCUCGUGCAGGACGCCCCCAGCGUCCUGUCAGCGCCAGGGCUCCGCACGGCGUCCGGCCUCUGA